GAUCCCGGGCUGCUCAAGGGUUAAUAAGUGUAACGUAAAUUGACACGAGUGUAUGUGCAAACUUGUCAAACAGUUCAGUAUUGGGAUUCGUAUUGUCUGUGAUCGAGUGAAUUAUCUGUCCUGUGACGGGAAAUCAAGUAAUGCAUAUUCAGCGUGAGGCCUGGCGUUUCUGCCCCAGUCUGGAUGGAUGAGCUGGCCCUGCUGGAUUUACUGGAGUGCCCCCUGUGUUUGGAGCGGUUGGAUGUGACAGCCAAGGUGCUGCCAUGCCAGCACACCUUCUGUAAACCGUGUCUGCGCAGGUUGGCGGCGGCGCACUCUGAGCUGCGCUGCCCGGAGUGCCGCGCAAUUGUGCCUGCGGGAGUCGAGGAGCUCCCUGCCAACCUCCUGCUGGUGCGUCUCCUUGAGGGCCUCCACCAGGGUCCCGGGGCAGGCAUCCGAGCAGGAACAGGAAUGUACAGUGCACCUCUCGCUAAGGACCAAUCAGUAAGAAGAUCCAGACAUGCUCAGUAUUCUCAAUCCCCCCAACGCAGGCAGACGCAGGGCCACAGGAAUGCUCUGGAUGGGGUUCCAUGGGCCCGAGCCCUGUGCAAUUACAGAGGAAAUGUUCCUGGUGAGCUCAACAUAAAAUCUGGUGACAUCAUCAUCUUGCGCCGGAAGGUUGAUGAGAACUGGUACCAUGGAGAGGCCAAUGGCAACAGUGGGCUGGUCCCAGCCAACGUGAUGCAGGUUGUCAACCAGUUGCCCCAGCCUCUGCCCCUUUGCCGCGCUCUUUAUGACUUUGAUACGAAGGACAUGGACCAGGAAGAUGUCCAGGACUGCCUAAAUUUCUUUAAGGGAGACAUUAUCUCUGUGAUAAGACGAGUGGAUGAGAACUGGGUUGAAGGGAAGCUGGGAGAAAAAGUUGGAAUUUUUCCUAUCCAGUUUACAGAACCCAACUCCGCUGCCGCCAAACUCCUGGACAAACGCAAGGCUAACGGGACCACGGAGUCAGGACCCCAGGCGCGGAGUGGGAGCGGGAGCAGACUCCCUGUGCCCAGUGCUCCAGGAGCCCCCAACCGUUCCAGCCACCCCCAGGGCCCCGCAGACAUCAGCCCAAUCUUCCUUGGCUCCAGCACCCUCGCUGUGGUGCCUCGGGUGGGUGAGAGUCGCAGCGAGGGCAACAGCAGCUCCCUGCCUCAGGGGUCUCCGGUGGUUCCAGGUGAGAGAAAGCCUAGCGCUGACCCAGCGUCAACCACCGUCGCCAUGGCACUUAUGAACCCUCAGUCCCAUUCAGCUACCAUGGAAAGCAAGCAGUCCUCCAACCAACAGGUUUCCAUCAGCGUGUGUGCUGCGCUGUACCCCUACACACCGUGCCGCUCUGAGGAGCUGGAGCUGAGGAAAGGGGAGAUGGUGGGCGUGUACGGGAAGUUCAAGGAGGGCUGGCUCCGUGCUCUGUCUCUGAGAACCGGCAAAGUGGGAAUCCUGCCAGCCAACUACGUCACACCUGUGCUCCGAACUUCUGCUAGGUUCCUGGACCCCAAAUCUUCCCAGAGUCAGAAAUCUGCCACAGAAAAGAGGCCUGUGGCAGCCAAGCCACAUGCCCCUGUUAUCACCAAUGGCACAGUCAGGCCUGCUGGGCAGGCUCACUUGGUUGCCGUGACAGCAUCUGGCAGUGGCAUGAGAGUAGCUCAACAGGAAGGAGUGCAAGGUAGAAGCAUGAAACACAGACGGCCUUCCGUGCAGGGGAGGCUGCACAGCCGGAAUCCAGCCCCAGGCGCAGCUGUGGUUCGGCCCCAGCAGCCACUUCCCUCCGGGGGCUUGGCACAGAUGCAGGGCCUCACUUGCAUGCCUGCUAUGCAGCGAGGGAGACACAACCACCCUGAAAACCUCAGCAGACCCAUGUGCUGGGUCUCUGAGACAACACCGCCCUCUGCUGGUGACUCUCUGGUACUUGACUUAAGAGAUAAUCCUGCCAAAGAGCUGCCGGACAGGCAGGUCACUACCGGUCUGCAGUCCAUCCUGGUGAAACCAGACGCCCACAAGAAUAACACAGAGAAGCCCAUGAAAACAGUGCGCUUCCUCACCCAAGAGGCUCCAGCCAAUGGGCAGAGGAUGGUUGCUGCGCCGCUGGGGGGACCGGGGAGCCCCAGUGUGCAGCCUGUGGGCCUAGGCCUGGAGCUGUGGGUCAGUCAGACCCUGGGUGGCUCCAUGCCCAUGGACGGCAAUAUGGCCACUCAGAAGAAGGUCUUGGCAAUGGAUCCUGCUUCUGUAGAUGGACUCCCACCCUGCCUAAAACCAGCCCCCUGCAGGUACAGAGUUAUGGUUGCAUACGCUGCACAGACUGAUUCAGAGAUGCAUUUGCGGGAAGGAGAGCUGGUUCUGGUGCAGCGGCCUCGGCAGGAUGGCCGAGUUCUGCUGACCCAGGAGAAGAGCGGGAAAACGGGCCUCUUCCAGAGCGUCGUGUUUGAGGUUCUGGAGAAACUCAGCUGACCCUAGUUACUGAAUCAACUCUGUUCUACCCCACUGCCAAAUCCUCCUGCCUACUGUGUGUGCGUGUCUGUUUCGGAAAGAUGACCAGUCUGUUACACUCCCACCUGCUGUGUAUGUGUGUGUGUGCGUGCAUGCGUGUCUGCCUGUCUGUCUGUCUGUCUGGUACACGCCCUCCUGGUGUGUGCAUACAGUACCUGUGUUUUUGAGGGAUGGACAGGGUGUUACACUAUCCAGGCAGCAAUCACUGGUAUACUGAAUUAAGUCUGUUCCAUUCGCUCCGCUGUUUGGCGAUGUAGAACCCUUACAACUAAAUCCAGUGACAAAUAACAAAUUAAAUGUGCAACACAUUUUUUUGUACAUUUCAUUACAUUUAUUUGGCAGAAUCUUUUAUUUAAAGUGACAGACAAUCAGUGCAUGCCGGAGGUCAUUGGAACAACUACAAAACACAGGUCCGAUAAGGUACAAUACUCAUUAUGUAACAGUUAUUCAUAGACAUAAACACAGCAAGCAUAGUCUAGGUCAGAGAGUAAUGUUAAGUCAGACAAGGAGGCAUGACAACAAGCUACAACAUUAAGAUAAUGAUACAAAUACAAUAUAAGUGUUGGGUGGAGCUACAUGUGACAUGGAAGUGGCACAGGAGGUACAUGUGUAACAUGAAAGUGCUAUUGGAACAAAGUCGAAGGAUACAAUAUAUGUGAUAAGAAUGAUCCUAGAUUGGGAGUGCCCUGCAGAGUAGUGAUAGUUAGUCCAGGUAUAGACUGAAGAGAUGUGUCUUCAGACCACGGUAGAAGAUGGGCAAUGACUGAGUGGUUCAU